AUGGCAUCGAGGAGAAUGGAGACCAAACCUGUGAUAACCUGUCUCAAAACCCUCCUCAUCAUCUACUCCUUCGUCUUCUGGAUCACUGGCGUGAUCCUGCUGGCUGUUGGAGUCUGGGGCAAACUCACUCUGGGCACCUACAUCUCCCUGAUCGCCGAGAACUCCACAAAUGCCCCCUAUGUGCUCAUCGGGACCGGCACCACUAUUGUGGUGUUUGGCCUGUUCGGAUGCUUUGCGACAUGCCGUGGUAGCCCGUGGAUGCUGAAGCUGUAUGCCAUGUUCCUGUCCCUGGUGUUCCUGGCUGAGCUGGUAGCUGGCAUUUCAGGGUUUGUGUUUCGUCAUGAGAUCAAGGACACCUUCCUGAGGACUUACACGGACGCCAUGCAGAAUUACAAUGGCAACGAUGAGAGGAGCCGGGCGGUGGAUCACGUGCAGCGCAGCCUGAGCUGCUGUGGCGUGCAGAACUAUACCAACUGGAGCACCAGCCCCUACUUCCUGGAGCGCGGCAUCCCCCUGAGUUGCUGCAUGAACGAAACCGACUGCAAUUCCCAGGAUCUACACAAUCUGACUGUGGCGGCCACCAAAGUUAACCAGAAGGGUUGUUACGAUCUGGUGACCAGUUUCAUGGAGACAAACAUGGGGAUCAUCGCUGGAGUGGCUUUUGGAAUCGCGUUCUCCCAGCUGAUCGGCAUGCUGCUGGCCUGCUGUCUGUCCCGGUUCAUCACGGCCAACCAAUAUGAGAUGGUGUAA